AUGUCAUCUGCAAACAGUGGUACGGGCAACAGCACAAGAGAGAAGAAGCCAUUAAAAUUUGUAUCCGAGGGCGUAAGUAACAUAGAGACUCAAAAGAUAAGAGAACAAGUGGAGCAGAAGAAGUACGAAUCUGAAUACAAGAGGAAAACCAGGAAAUCUCUGCGAGAUCAGCUGAGAUCGAAUGCUAUUAGCAAGCAAAAGCAGUACAAUGGGUUAGUGAGAGACCGUGAAAGCUUCACAAGAUUGAGCAAAGACGAAUUAGAAUUCUAUCACAACAGUAAGAGUGAGUCCAUGAAAAAGGAAGAGGAACUGAACAACUACUUGAAUGCCAAGGCAACCAGUUUUGAAAGAAAGAAAAAAGUCUUAUUUAGGGAUAAUAGUGCUGUUGCAACUAGUACACAAGGGAAUCCAGAAGCCAGGACUGGUUUGAGUGAUAAGAUGCAAAUCAGGGGCAUAAAGCCAUCCACCACCAAACCAAAACUAAAAAUAUCCCUGAAGAAAUUAAACAAAAAACUGGAGAAAUGA